AAAUGAAACUGUAACUGCGUGGGUGACGAGUUACAAGUUACAGCAAUUUCCCUAAAAAAAAUGUAAAACGCUUUUAUAACUUUAAAUAUUAUUACCUUAUUAAAAAUAAAAACAAUAACAUAUUAUUUGAUUAUGUUAUUUAUAUGAACAAGGUUUUAAUUUGGCUUUUCUCAAUGAUUUUUAUGGUAAAUGUGUUUUAUUCAUUUUGUUUCAAAUAAUUAAAAGUGAAUGUGAUUUUGGCGCCAGUUAUACUUAUAAAGGAUUUUUUUUGUUGUAAUGAACCUUUUUUGCUGAUUGAAACAUUAGUUUUCAACUAACCUUAAUUUAUAGUGACACUGCUCCUGUCUUUAUGUCUCUUGUCUGAUCGUAGAGUACGAACGCAGCCAUUGUUUCGAUCUAGUUUAUAGAUGUUCAGCGGAAGGGCGUUCAGAAAAUGCUUUUGAGAUAAUAUAUUAUGAUGGGAUGAGAAAUAUAUGUUUAUUGUAUUGUACUGAAGCUUUCCUUUCAUCUUAAUUUCUGUACAAUUUUCUCAACAUGGCAACAAUAAUCACUGAGAGCUUGUUUGGUCCUAGUAACAGAAGGCGGUGUGUCAAAGGACGAGCUUCAUAUAUUGAAUCUGUUGAUAAUUUGCUAUCUUGUGAACAGACAAAAUUUGAUACUUACGAUUACCAUGAGGAUAAUGAAAAAGUAAAUUACCCAGAAAUUUUUGAACCAGAAGAAGUAGAAGAAGAACCAGUUACCAUUGAUUUGUCAGCUUUUUUGCAAGAUAUUCCCCUUUUAACUGAAACGACCCCUGAAAAUGCUGUUGAUUCAACUGCAGAUGAUAGUCAUUCUCAGUUCCGUGUUACAACUUCAUUAAUUGAUUCCACUCCUGCUUUACCAGAUAACACAACAUUAAAAACACUAGAUUCUUAUGAUAAUACUUCGGGUGCACCUGCUGUUCAUGCAGCAGGUGACCCCCCUUUACCAAUUCUAGAUAUGAAUUUGGCAGAAGUUCCACUUAAUAUUGGUAGUCCAACUAAAAUCAAAGAAAAUGUUUUCUCUCCAAAUAAAAUAUCUCCCAAAAAAUAUAUCAAGCCUAAAAGUCCUUUAGGUUUUUCAAAUCCACUAAAGAAAUAUAGAAAUUUUUCAAAGGGCAAAGAUUUUGUCAAGAAUCACAUAAAAGUGUUUGGUAAAUAUCCUGUAAUUAAGUGUGAAAAAUUAGAUAUUGAAAAUUUUGUAAAAAUGAACAAUAUUAAGGUUAGUAAUUGGCCUUUAUCUCAUGUGAAGACUCCUAAAAAAAGUGGGAUAAGUCCUGGUGUUAAAAGAGUGCGAGCAAAACCUAUUUCAAGAAUUCCUAAAGUUAAAAAACCAGUGAGUGGUAGUAAAUCUUUACCUACUAAUGCAUCUGGCAUUCUUGUAAGUGCAUUACAUCCAAAAACAAUACCAAGUAAUGGUUUUGAAACUGGUAAUAAAAAUAUGCCACUGUUCCUGAAUAGGGUUUCUGACAAUCUGUCUGAUGUAACGCAUUCUGUUAUUAAACAAAACUUUAAUGGAAAUGAGAGAUUAAUCAGAAUCGUCGGUCCUCAUUUUUCUUCUCCACAGAAAUCCACUUUAUUUCCUAUAAAACAACAGAGUUUGGGUGCACAAAACUACAAAUUGCCUCUUGUUACUAGCAUUAACAGAUUUAAAGAUGUUUCAAAUAAUAACAGGUGCAAAAUGUUUCAAAUAAUAGCUCCCAAACAGUAUGUUAGUCCUGUUACCUUAAAAUCUGUAAAUAAUACUGUGUCACCACAUAUUUAUUCAAAACCAAAGCAAGAUUCUGCUUCUUCGCUUGUCAAGUCGAAAAAUUUCACUCUUGUUGAACCACACAUCAAAUAUUCUAAAACUUCUAUUAAACCAAAUGUCAUUAAUGAGCCGUUUGAUAUCAUGUCCGAUAAUUUCUGUUCGCCUAAAAUAAAGUCUCCUUCCAAGUAUCAGAAAGAUUUUAAGGUACAAGAAACUGAAAAAUCUUUCGUUACACCUUCCAAAACUGUACACAACAGUCUGGAGAAGAUUAGGAAUGAGCCUAUUUUGCAAGAUACUGAAAUCGAAAAUCCAUCCACGGGAAAAUCGCAAGACAAUGAUGAACAAAACUUGGAUUAUGAUUUAUCGAACCAAAACACUGAGUUACAAAAAACAAAAGAAAGGGAAUCUGUAAGUUCUGCCGAUUUGAUUAUGGAUGUUAUGGCAAAAGCUUUUAAAACGCAAGCGAAAAAAUCUCUAAGAUCUAAGCCAUCUAAUAUAAAGGGUGAUCAACAAUCUACUUCAGUUUCUCUUGUGCCUAAAACUGAAAUUUGUAAAGCAUAUAAUUCAACUUUAAAUGACAUAUUGUUUGGAUUUGAUGAUGAUGACUUUUCCGAAGAUGCUUGUGUAGAUGUCACGCACAUAGAACCCACUGAAUCUCAUUUAGCUGAAGCACUAAAUACACCUACAAAUGCACAAGUAUUAAAUGAUGAGCACAAUGAGCCAAAUAAAGUAAUCAAAUACAAAUAUAAGAGAAAACAAAAUAAACAGCCUUCUCUGGUUUCUGUAUCUAAUUCAAAAAAGGAUAUCAAAAUCAUUUCAUCCACGGUUGCAGAAAUUUCUGAUGACAUGACUCACAAGUUAGUAGAUAAAGAUAUUAUAAAAUGUAAUAAAAUAUUAGAAACUAAUGAUCUCAGUUCUACAGUUAAUGUUGAUGCUCUUAAUCAAGAGACUGAUGUAUUAUUAAAUGUAUCAGCCAGUAAUCCAGAUGUCAGAAGAAGAAAAACAUCUAUGAAAGAUACAGAUUCUUCUCCUUGCCUUGAUCAGACUAAUGAUAUGCACAAUAAUACUUCGCUUAAUAUUGAAAAGGCUGAGACAUUAACAGCUUCACCUGUAGGUUCUCUUAGAUCUAGACAGCUCCGCCAUACAGGAAGAUUAUUGAAAACGCCAGAAAAAACUGUACCUGAACAAAAUCAAGAUUUCAACACUGAAUAUGGAAGCCUUAUUAAAAUUAUUGAAGAUUUACCUAGUCCAUCUAUGACUCCUUCAUGCAAACGUCGACAGUCGGGAAGAUUACUACGAACACCUGAAAAGUCAGAUACCGAAGUAAAUUUUAACACUGAAGAUGGCAAUCUUAUUAAAAUGGUUGAAAGUUUAUCAAGUCCAUCUUCUUGUAAACGUCGACAAUCAGGAAGAUUACUACAAACACCUGAAAAGUCAGAUACUGAAGUAAUUGAAAACAAAUCUCCAAAUCUUCCAGCUCCAAAUAAUAAAAGAAGGAAGUAUUUUGCACAUAGUUUUAAAAACAAAGCAAAAAGAAACUUUUUAUCUGUCAAAUCUUUGAAAGGAAAGAAAAAAAUAAGUAAACCAAUUGAUAUCAUACAAGAAAUCAAAACAAUAACUGGGGGGAAAUUGAAAAGAAAAGGAAAACAAGCUAAAAGUAUUUCAUUAGAAAAGACUCUAGUUACAGAAACACCUAGUAAUUUAAUCAACAAAUCCAAAAUGAAAUCUACCUGUAAAAAUAAAAGAAAAAGAAUAAAAACACUUAAAGUUCUUUUUAAAAAACCAAAUUCCAAGUCCAAUGAGAAUAGUUUAAAUGAAAGUGAUCUUAAUUGUUGUGACUCAAAAAAUGAAAAUUGUGACCAAUCAAAUAACAAAACUCUUACUUCUACUUUCAGAACGAAGGUAGUUGAUAAAAUGGGAACUCCAAAUGAGGAUGGAUUUGAGCAUGAUACUAGCAGUACCUCUCUUCACCAGAAGGAAGUUGAUUCUGAGAUUGAAAAUUCUAAUCACCUAGAGAAUGAUUUUCCAGGAACGCAGCUUGAUCAUUCAAAUUCUGGUGAUUCUUUGAUCAAUGCCAGCUUAACUAUUUCUCCUAAAGCAAACUCUUUGGAUGAGUUAUUGUUAAAUGACUCAGAAAAACUAACAGAUCCCAUAGCAAAAAUAGUUGAACCAAAUGCUGUUAAUGCUAGUAAUAAUUCAGAUGAAUUUGAAUUAAAUGCUCAAUCCUCAUCUAUAAAUAAUGAAGAAAGCUGUUUAAAUCAAACUCAUGAUGUUCAAGUAAAUGAUGAUUCUAAAUUAAGUGCUGAUAACUUGGUAGGUGAUAUAUCCUCAGUCGAAGGAAAUGAAAAUAAAAACAUUGUAUCCCAGUCUAUAAACCUCUCUGAUAUCGGUAGUGAAUGCCCUGAAACUUUUAAUAUUACUGAAAAGAAGAUUAAUGUGGGUGAUGAAAUUUUAGAUAAUGAAAUAAAAUCUGGCAGAAAAUUUUUUGAUAUUUGUGAAAAUAGCAUGUCGUCUUAUAAAUCUGAAGGAACACUUGUAACAGUUUCUAAUACUUGUGAAGAUAAGCUCAUUUCUUCCAUUUUGUCAGAUAUUGUUUCAAAUGUAAGAGGUGACAGUGAUGCUUCAUUAGGCAUUUCCAAUAAAAAUUGUGAUAUUAAACUUAAUUCUUCUAAUGAAGUUUAUAGUGAUAUUCAGAUAGACUGUUCUAGUAAAAUUGACAGUAAUAUCCAGUUAAAAAUAUCUGAUGAUAAAAUUAAUAACAUCGAGCAAGAUCCUUCUAAUGUAAAUGAUGAUAAUAACAGGCAUCAAGUCUCUUCUGUAGAAACUAAUAGUGACAUCCAGAUUGACUCUGUUGAAUUUGAUAGCAAUGUCCAUUUAAACUCUUAUGAUGAAGUUAAUAAUGACAUCAGACUAGACUCUUCUGAUAAAAUUAAUAGUGACAGCCAGUUAAAUUCUUCCAGUAAAAUUAGUGCUGAUAUGGACUCAGAUUCUUUUGAUAAAAAUAAUGGUGUCCAACUAGACUCUUGUAAAAAUAGUGACAUACAAGUAGAUCUUUCUGAUAAGAAUAAUGCAGUUUUGCCCUUAAACCUUGAUGAUGGAAAUAGUAUGGAAGAUUUAGGUAAUCAAAUUCUACAAGAAGAACUUGAUCUUUCAGGAAAUAAGUGUUGUCAGAAUACAGCCGCAACUGAAAAAAAUGAGAAUUUGAAUCUGACAAAUUCAUGCGAAACAAUAUUAGAUGAAAGUAAUAGUUCUGAAACAAAGAAGAAAAGGGGCAGGAAAAAAUCGGUUACUAAUCUCACUUCAAAGAAAAAGACGUGUCCAAAAGUAAAAUUAACUGUGGCUAAAAAUCUUAAUUCUUCAGCUAAAAAAGGUUCCAUAAAAUGGUAUUUUUCUGAGCGAAAAUGCUCAACUGACUCUAUUCCUGAUGCCUCUGAUUUGUUAAAUUCAUUUGAGGACUCUUCUAAUCAAAAAGACUCUGUUACUAUUACUUGUGCCACUAAAACUCCAGCGAAUUCUUCUACAGUAAAUGUUGAUACAACUGAGGAUAACUCUGAUGUUUCAAAAAGUAUAGAAAACUGUGAUAAAACUUUGUCUAAUAAUUUUAAUGUUCAAUCUGAAAACCUCCCUGUUCCACCUGUCGUAGUUAAGGAAGAACCAAUGGAUAUUGAAGAAAUGCCAUUGAUUGACUUUCCCAGCUCUUCUCUGAACAUUAAAAUUGAAGAAGCUCCUCCCGUGGCAGAUAAUAGCUCUACAGUAAAGAAGUCAAAGCGUUCAAAGAAAGCUCCUCGGCCAUUCUCUCCUGACAUGAAUAUCGCAAGUCUAGCUAUGAAGAAAGAACUGAAAACUGUGGAGGAUAUGAAAGAAGAAGUGUCUUCGUCUUUUAUGAUGACACCUCGUGGGAAAAGUUUUUCACUUGAAACUGUUGCAAUUCCUUUCACAAUGGGUUGGUCUCGAGAGUUGGUUCAUAGAGCAAAUCAAGAAUGUAAAUCGGGCAAAAAAAUGUCUGACGUCUAUUACUUUGGACCAGAUGGUAAAAAACUUAGGUCUAUGCCUGAAGUUUUAGCUUACUUGUCCAAGCAUAAUAUUAAGGAUUUAUCUAAUGCCAAUUUUACUUUUUCAAAAAACCUUAUCUACAGAGAACCAUUUGAAAUUGAGCGUGAUGCUAAACAAAAAUCAGCUUUUGCUCCAUCGACAAAAAGCAAUAGUAGUGCAAUAAAGAUUUCUGUUUCACCAAAGAAAAAGGCAACUACAAAACCUGUUAAAUCUCAAUCUGUUAUAAUGUCUGAGAGUGCCAGUCCUGUACCAAAAUCUGAAAAUACUCCAAAGAAAAAGAGUGUAUCUAAAGCAAAGAAAUUACCUAUAUUGCCCAGCUUAGAAAUUACGCCUAUCACAUCUAAAGACGAAUCUAAGAAACCUGUAGUGAAAAGAGGCAGGCAAACUUCUGUCGAUAAUGCAGGCUCUGAUAAACAUUUAUCUCCGGCACAAAUGAAACCCAAACUUGCUGACAAACCCAAAUCAGCAAAAAAGACUUGUAAACGAGCUUGUGAUAAUAUUCCUGAAAAGAAAUCUCCUACUAGGAAAAGUAAUCGUCUAUCUACCGCUUCAAUAGAAAGUGGUCUUUCCGAGUCAGAAGAUCUUUCUCUUGUAAAAAGAAGAAAGCUUUCAAAAUCUGGUACUAAACAAACAUUAAAUAAAGACUCUUCGAAACCUGGUGAUGUGUUUUUGAAUAGUAACUGUAUUGCACAGAACACUGCAUCUAAAAAACUUAUUAAAGUGAAAUUUCCUUUUCAUAAGCUUGCUCCAUUAGAGUUUUGUAGUUAUCAUUGUAAUGUUUCCAGAAAUCAAAAACAUAUUGAGUGUACUUCGUGCCUUCGGUUUUUCCAUGAAAGCUGUAUUCCAACCGUACCAAAAGAAUUUCCAUUUAUUUGCCAGACUUGUGGAAAAGCUAAAAUUGCUUGUUAUGCAGAACUAAGAAAUGCUACAUCAUCAUCCGCAGGGCCAUUUUUGUAUGAUGAUACAAAAUGUCCAGAUUUUCCUGAACAUACUGAUCAGAAAGUUUUGGAACCCUUCAUUUGUUUGGAAGAAGGAUCAAAGCAUUGGGUGGAUCUCCCAUCUAAUUGGUUGGAUCUUCAACCUGAUAUGGCUAAUAAUACUUGUGAACCUCCCUCUUUCCCUUUCGGACAAAAUAACCACCUUAAUAAUAAUUUUGGAUCCUAUGGCGUUAAAUCAAAUAAUUCUUCACCUCUGGUAGUUUCUUCUCCUUUGCUUUUUUCACACUUAAUGAGGCCAGUUUGUCCAAAUGCAGUUAUGUUACCAAACAUUGAAAGACCUAUAACUCCAAAUACUUCUGUACAAAACCUUUCACCCUUGAUCCCUUUAGCAUCAAAACCCAUUAGUAUCUCUAAGUCCUCAUAUGACAAUUAUUUGCCUGUCAUUGCAUCAAACCCAAAUGUAUUCUCUAAGCAAAUUAUUGUGAGAAAAUUACCUCCUGGUUUCAUAAUCCGUACCCCAACCAAUUGUCAGGUUACACCCGGAGUACUUCCUGCUAAUCCUCUAAUGUGUAACACUACUGGUGCUGGAAUUCCACUUCAAUCAACCAUUUCUGCAACAUCUCACAUAAUUAGUGAUACUUAUAGAAUGCCCAUGCAUCCUAUAUCCUCUACAAUGCCAUCUCACACAAUGAGUGGCUUUUAUAGAAUGCCACUUCAGCCUGCAACUUCUCCAGCAAUAUCUCACAUAAUUAGUGGUCCUUACAGAAUACCACUACAGUCUGCAACAUCACCUCAAAUGAUUAGUGGAUCUUACAGAAUGUCACAUCAACCUACACCAUCUACUUAUGAUCCUUUUAGAUUUCCACUUCAGCAUAAAAAUACUCCAACAUCUUCUUUAUUUAAUGAUACUUACAGAACAGACAUGAAUUCUUCCAUUCCAAGUGGAAUUAAAGAUUACACGAGAAAAAUUGGCACUGCUACAAGACUGCAAUCUGAAUUACCUAGCCAAAUCAAGCCAAGUAGUCUACAACCAGAAUUAAAUAUUGUAUCUCCCACAAUAAAUCUAAACAAUUUUAAGGAAGCUAAAUGCUUUGAUUUAAUAUCCAAGUAUCUGAAUGUUUAUGGAUUGAUGAAAGCUUCUCAAAUAAACACCUUCUGGAAGUGUUUAGUAGAACAAAAAGAGUUGUGGAAACAAGUGUCUUUCAGAGGACUUAGAAUUACAGACUGGGACAAAUGCUGUCAUACUUUACAGAAGCAUAGAACCAAAACAUUGGAUUUGUGUGAUGUUAUAGUUGAUGAUAUAAAUGAUCCUUGGAAAGGUUUCAAAACAAUUAUCAUGAAGUUAUCUGGAAUUCGGGAUUUAGUAAUAGACAAAGUACCUCCAUCUUUGUUAUAUCUUAUCGCUACAUAUAUGAGUCAGUUACACAAAUUGGAAUGUUUCCUUACUUCAGUAUUAUCUGAACCAGAAAUAUGGUCAACACCCUGCGAGUUGGAAAUUUCACGUCUUAGAAGCCUUUCAAAACUUAGUACACUGCAAAUUGGGUCACUUGGAGGAAUAAUUUUAAAGGAUAUGUCCAUGUACCAAAUGCCGUAUUUACCUAAUUUAAGAUAUUUAUCAUUAACUGGAUUCAAAUUUAACUCCGUGAAGAAUCUAGAAGUAUUAUCUCAGAAUCAAAAUUUAGUGUCUCUAGAGCUUGGUCAUUGCUAUGAUAUUGAGCCUGAAAUAUAUGGAAUAUUAAAGCAGCUGACAAACCUUGAGAAGUUACGCUUAGAAAAUGGUGGGAGUGUGGAUAAUACUGGUCUUCCUGAAGCAUUGUUGGAAAUGAAACACUUGAUACAUCUUGAAUUAAUGAACUAUAAAAUCCCACAUACUUUGUCUGAUACUUUAAAGCAGUUAAUGGAACUUAUCCAUUUGAAUGUUUGGCCAGAUAAUACAAGUGAAGGUCCAUUAGUUAAUCAUAAUCUGUUCCAAGCUAUUUCAAGUUGCAAAAGACUGAAAUAUAUUUGCUGGGGAAUCAUCUCUGAAGUGGAGGAUGCAAAUUCUCAAGUCCUAGAAAUGAAAAGUGUUGAACAGGCUAUUAGCACACAGCUUACUUUUAAGGAACUCUUUGACAAAUUGGUGGAAUUCUCUUCUGGUAAGGUAGAGGUGAAAUGCGUACACAGGUCUACAUGGAAAGAAUUUUGUUAUGCAAGAAAAUGAUUCAGUCACUUUAUUUUACUGAUGAGACAAAAUUAAUCUUGUUUGACUGAGAAAACAUAUAAUCAGGAUUUUGUUUGAAAUAAAGGUGGAAUAAAAUAUUCGGAGCAACUUACAUUUAAGGAGCUCUUUGACAGAUUAGUGAAAUUCUCUUCUGGUAAAGUGGAUGUAAAAUGCAUAUGCAGAGGUCAAUGUGGAAAGAAUUUUGUAAUGGAAGAAAAUGAUUUACUCCAUAUAUUUUACUAUUGAAAAAAGAGGAAUCAUGUUUUACUGAGAGAACAUGUAAUUAGAAUUUAGUUUGAAAUGAAAGUUCGCUUGCUUUUCUGCAUGGCAGCUUAUUGUACCAUAAGAAUUUAAUUUCUUAUCCUCACUAAGUUUUUUUAUGUGAUAGAUUUUAUCUUUCCUUCAAAUAUUUUUUUAUUGUGCACUCAUUUAUGUAAUCAUUUUUUCAAUCUAUCAUUUUCAUUGUAUAUUUACUAUUUUGCUUUUGCUAAAUAAAUCUUUUUUUACUGCUGUUGUUCAGAUGUAUGCAAGAUAAUAGACAUACUUAUGCUUGUUGGUGUAAAUAAUGUGUGUUGUCUUACCUUGUUAAUGUUUUUAUUAAUCUCACUGCAUAUUAGAGUGGCCCGGAAAAAAACUUUUUUUUUUUUCCACUAUAGCUAAAUUACAAGAAAUCCUAAUCUAGUAUGUAAAGGAAAAAAUUAUUACGAAAUGUUUUAUUUCACAUGUCAACUUUAAAAUUUAUUUAAAAAAGGAGAAGAAAAAAAAAUUUUUUAAUUAAAAAAUUUAUGUGCAAAUGCUUAAUAUUUUUAAAAAAAAAAGUAAGUCUCUAAUUUAGUUUUUAUGUGUCAGUUUAAUACUGGGACUUUGUGAAGAACAGAAAAUUGGUAGUAAAAUGUUUCAUUUGUAAAACCAAUUUUUUCUUUUCUAUACAACUUUUCCAUACUAUAGUGAUUGGGAAAAAGUGUGUUUUCAGAUCACUCUAGUGCAUAGGAAUUUUUUGUUCCUAAGAAAUUAUUGUGUACAUAAUGAAAUUGUAAAUAAAAACUUCUGGUAUUA